UGACUAGUCUUCAUCAUGGUUGUCAGUGACGUUCACGUUAGGAAAGGUCUCCUGUUGGCCUUCAUCCUCUUUCUUUCUGCCAAUGGAGAAACUUUAGGCCCAUAUUUCAUGGUGACGUUUCCUGCAUCAAUAGAGUCUGGCUCUGACGCUAAAUUCUGUGUGAGCCUUCUCAAGCCAAACGAGACUCUCCUAAUGACCGUCGAUCUGGUUCAUGGAAACCAGAGCACAAAUCUUUUCCGAGAAACAGUGGAAACAGAGUUUCACCGCUGCUCCAAGUUUAAGGCUCCGCUGGUUGAUGCUGACUCAUGGCAGAACAUAAGAGUAAAAGUCAAGGGACAGAAUUUUGAGAUGACAGAGAAACGUAAAGUCAUGUUUAAAUCCUACAAGCCAGUUGCAAUAAUUCAGACAGAUAAACCGAUCUACAAUCCUGGCCAGACAGUACAUUUUAGAGUUGUCACUGUUGAUAGCAAAUUAAACCCCCUUCAACAAGAGUACAAGGAAAUUGUUCUUGAGGACAAUAAACAGAACAGAAUUGGUCAGUGGAACAACAAGUCCUCAAAAAGCCUGAUACUGCAGCUUUCUCAUAAGCUGAAUGCUGAAGCUUCAGAAGGAUUUUACACUUUGUCUGUCAAUUUUGACAAUAGGAAAGCAGGGACGCAUAAUUUCAGGGUAAAAAAGUACGUUUUACCCAAGUUUGAGGUUACGGUGAAAGCACCAGAGGAACACAGUGUUAGCGAGGACGACCUGAAGCUGAAGGUUUGUGGAAAGUACACUUUUGGACAACCAGUGCCUGGUACAGCGAUGGCACAGAUAUGCAGGAAAUAUAGAUCACAAGCAAUGAGCGUACCGUGUCAGGAAGAAACUGUAGAGAUGAAUGCGACCGGCUGUGCCUUUCUUACCCUCAAUGUAACAACUUUAAGUUUUAAAAAUGAUGGAGCCCUUUCCAGACAGCUUGAUGUUAAUGUUACACUGACAGAAGAAGGAACCGGUAUUUCAAUGGCAAAAUCUCAAAUUAUUGGGCUCACAUACAAAAUCGGCUUUGUGGAAUUUAUUGAUAUACCAAAAAAUUUUGAGAAAGGGGGUGUCAUAGAAGGAAAGGUCAAAGUUACAAGUUUCAAAGGAGAACCGAUUCCUAACAAGGAGGUUUUUGUUGUGGAACAUAGACACAUCAGAUUAUCUCUCAAUCUUACUACAGAUAGUGAAGGACUGGCCAAGUUCUCAUUUAAUGUCCCGACUUCUUCUGUAACAGCGAUUACACUGGUGGGAAGUGUUUAUCCAGAUUUCAGACUCCCAUAUGACACACCAUAUUUCACAAGGGCUGAGAAGACUUCUUAUCUGUUAGAACCUGCAACCCCUUACAGUCCGGUAUACAGUGAACUGGUAAUAGGGAGUUCAGAGGAACCGUUUGCAUGUGGUGCUGAAGUUCCCAUAACCAUUAAGUACUAUAUUAUUGGUGAACCUGUUGAAAAAUACAACUUCGAUCUUAUUUACAUGGUCUUAUCUAAAGGAGCCAUAGUCCAUCAUGGAUAUGAAAAAGUUGAAGUCAAAGAUCCCAGCAACGUAGAGGGAAGCAUUUCAUUCAAACUGUCUGUUGUUCCUGAGCUGGCUCCUGCAGUACAGGUCCUGGUGUACGGUGUACUGCCCAGCGAGAACGUCAUCGCUGCCAACAAGUUAUUCAGUGUAGAAAAAUGUUUCAGAAACAAGGUUUUGCUGGAGUUUUCUCCAUCUAAGGCGGUUCCUGGUGAAGAAAACGAUCUAAAGCUUUCAGCUCAGCCUGGGUCACUGUGUGGCGUCAGUGCUGUGGAUCAGAGUGUGUUCAUCCUGGAGCCUGGAAAGAAAUUGGAUGCUGAACAGAUCUUUAAUUUAUUGCCCGUAAAAUCAGUAUCAAAUUAUCCCUAUGGAGUUGAAGAUGAACUCGAGUGCUUGCAUGUUAGACCCCGAAGGAAUGCACCGAUGGAACAAGCUUAUGAGGCAUUGAAGGGAGUGGGGCUGAAAAUGGCAACUAAUUUAGCUAUGAGGAAACCUGACUGUUUAAUCUAUAAAGGCAUCCAGUAUCGACAUUUUUCAGUGCAAUACAUGAGGUAUGCUUCCCCUAUGGGUAAAGCUUAUUCCUCGCAGGAUUCUACCUCUGAACCAAUCCAGACUGUUCGCAAUUUUUUCCCGGAAACUUGGAUAUGGCAACUUGUUGAAGUGGGGGACUCUGGAUCGGCACAGGUUCCCGUCACCGUCCCAGACACCAUCACCACUUGGGAGACGGAGGCUUUCUGCCUCAGUCCUACAGGUCUGGGUCUGGCUCCUACUGCUCAGCUCACUGUCUUCCAGCCCUUUUUCCUGGAGCUCUCGCUGCCCUAUUCCAUCAUCAGAGGAGAGAACUUUGAGCUGAAAGCCACUGUCUUCAAUUAUCUCCCCAAGUGCAUUAUGGUUAAAGUGACUCCAGCCCCAUCUUCAGACUACACCUUGAAAGCCUCGACUGAUGAGAAUCAGUAUUCAUCCUGCCUAUGUGCCAAUGGUAGAAAAACCUUCAAAUGGACACUCAUUCCUUCUGUGCUUGGAGUGUUGAAUGUCACAGUCAGUGCAGAGGCAGAACAGUCCCAGACCGUUUGUGAUAAUGAGAUUGUGAGUGUUCCAGAAAGAGGUCGCAUUGAUAUAGUCACUCGAAGCUUGAUUGUCCAGGCAGAAGGAACUGAAAAAACUAGGAGCCAGAGCUGGUUAUUAUGCCCACAAGGGAACAGUGUUUCUGAGGAGCUGGAGCUGGUUCUUCCUGAGAAUGUAAUAGAGGGAUCCGUAAGAUCUUCUGUUUCAGUGCUUGGUGAUAUACUAGGACGUGCGUUAAAAAAUCUUGACGGACUGCUAAGGAUGCCAUACGGAUGCGGAGAGCAAAACAUUGCACUCCUGUCCCCCAACAUCUACAUCCUUCAGUACCUUGAAAACACCGAGCAGCUCACUACAGCUAUCAGGGAGAAGGCUACGGGUUUUCUUAAAAAUGGAUACCAAAGGCAGUUAAACUACAGACAUUUCAAUGGUGCAUACAGCACAUUUGGCACUGGAGUGGAGAACACAUGGUUAACAGCGUUUGUCUUGAGGACCUUUGGCAAAGCCCAACGUUACAUCUUUAUUGAUCCAGAGGUCAUUAACAGUGCGAAGCGAUGGCUGACAAAACAGCAGAGACCUGAUGGCUGUUUUAUAACACAAGGGAGACUGUUCAAUAACAGAAUGAAGGGUGGCGUAAAUGACAAUGUCACCAUGACAGCCUACAUCACUGCAUCACUGCUUGAAUUAGGUCACUCACUUGAGGAUCCUGUUGUGAAUAACGCAUUGAUGUGUCUGAAGUCUGCUACUAACAACGGCAAAAACACCUACACCACUGCCCUUUUGGCCUACACAUUUAGUCUGGCAAAACAGAAUGAAUUUCUAGGGAACAUGAUUCAUGAGCUGGACAGUGUUGCCAUUUCAGGAGACGGUCGGCUUCACUGGUCUCAGUCAGCAUUAGAUGACUCGUCAGCCUUGUCAGUGGAGAUCAGCUCCUACGUACUGCUAGCUGUUCUCAAUAAAGCUCAGCUCACUUCUGCGGACUUGGGUUACGCUAACAGGAUCGUCAGCUGGCUAGUAAGGCAGCAGAAUCCAUACGGUGGCUUUUCUUCCACCCAGGAUACAGUGGUGGCCCUCCAGGCUCUGGCUCUGUACGCCACCAAAGUGUUCAGCCGAGACGGUUCUAGCAUGGUAACAGUACAAGCAGCAGGUGGCGACAGUCACAACUUCGAAGUAAAUCAGAACAACAAGUUACUGUACCAGGAAAGAUCGCUGCCGGUUGUUUCUACCAAAUACAGCAUUGAAGCUAAGGGCUCCACCUGUGUGUCAGUGCAGAUGGCGCUGUUCUAUAAUAUUCCCACACCAACUGAAAAAAAUACUCUAAGCAUCCAGGCUACGACUGAAGGAAAGUGCACUAAAUUAUUUGGACAGGCGAUGGCUAUCAACUUUAAUGUCACAUAUACCGGACCACUUGACAAGACAAACAUGGUCAUAGUGGACAUAAAACUCUUAUCAGGGUUCACAGCAAAUCCUGGUGAACUAAGAAAUAGCAUUUUAGUAGAACGCGUUGAUGCCAAGGGUGACCAUAUAAUCAUGUAUAUCAAGGAGGUGCCAAAGAAUAUUAAAAUCCAUUACCAGCUCCAUAUCAAGCAGGUACUUCCAGUCAAGAAUCUCAAACCAGCUGUGAUGAAGGUUUAUGAUUACUACCAACCUGAUGUCCAGUCUGAGACUGAAUACACCUUCUCAUGUGUGUAAGCUUCUGGAUCACGCUCAAGAAUUUUGAAUGUAAUAAACCUUGGAUAUUUAUUUGGAUAUUUAUUUUCCAAAUAAAUCUGUUUUUUUUUUGUUAAAAUAAAAAUGCUUGUAGAA